AUGUCUCCCUUGCAUACCGAAAACACGUCUCACCCGAUGUCAACUGCUUCUACCUUCAACGCUCCCGCCCAAACGACCAUUCCUGGUAGCUCAUAUCAAGUCACCAGCGAUCAAGAGGUCUAUGUACUUUCCGGAUAUCCUAUGAGCGCGGCAAGGAUGUAUCCAAAACCAGACCCGCUGGAUAGGCCGCACGGGAGUACCAGCGAGACCAACACCCAGAUCGGGUUGGAGUCUCUUUACAGAGAUACCACCUCUGAAAUCGAUACAACGAUUGGAGGAUCGGUCAUAACAGUCGCCAAUGAAAGGCCAGCCCAACUGCACGAAAUCUUGUUGCAGCCAGCCUCCGCCGUAACCUUUUGGGAAGGGGCAGGGACUCCGGCUCUCAAGGAGGUUUCGAAUUUGACAACGGGAAUCAAGGCUCUGGUGGCUCGAUGCAAACAAGGCUAUGAGGAGGGCUGUUUCAAAUCCCAAGAAGGCAGGCUGAUUACUCAGGAUGAUUCCGGUAGAAAAACCGAAAUCAGGGUAUACAUUUUGAAUAGCCUCUAUAUGUUUGAAACAUAUUUUCGUCUCCCGAACAAGAACUACCCCCUCGAUUUGAUCGAAUUUCAGGAUUCCGCCCAAAUGAUGCGCCUGCCAUACUAUCAAGCGAUACACGAGGCCCUCGAGACGAGGCGAAGAGCUGUCUUAUCGGUUGACGGCAACUGCCAGAGCAAUGCCUACAUCAAUCAGGCUCUUUCCGAUAUCAGCUCCGAUAUAGCCGGUUGUGGCUAUGAUGUCAUCCAGGUGGUUGGUGAUGGUGGUAAUCACGAAGUCUGGGCCACGUACAAGAUACCUGGGGAUGAUCAUCUCUACGUCGCCAGUUAUGCGUGGAGGAGUUCGAUCAGGGCUACAGAGACUGAAGGAAGCGUCAAGCUUACUAGUGCUUGCUCUUGCUCUUCGAUGAUGUACGACGUCUUGCUUAACAAAACAGGGCGGACCGUGGUAAGCACGGGUGUCGAGUCGAGUAGAAACGCAAUUGUGAGCCGACCUGCAACUCUACAAGCUACAAGCUCGCACAGCGAGCGGACGCGAUUCGAAUCGAUCGCAGAAGAGGCACACGCCCUGUUCAAGAGCACCAUUCUCCAGCGUUCGACGAUACGCCUGCCAAGGACACCUCCGGGGAACGGUAUUCUUGUCAGGAUUGCCCCUUUGGGCCGGCGAAGAAGCUUGACGACCCUCGGCAAUCCUUUCAUGGGCAUUCAGCUCAGCAACAUGCUAGCAAUGCGACCGCUUUUAGGGAUUGAGGCUUCUGUCGAUCUUUCAGCGCAACCGCCUUUCGAUCUCUUCUCAGUCAUGCAAUUAGAUCUCAACAGCCAAACUGGUUGCACUGCCUCGACUGCCAGCAGUCAACUGAGCUCGAUCGUUACCAGUACAUCCGGGGACAAUAAAAUGCGCCUACCAGAUCGUUCAUCUUCUUCGACACCUGCUUCUGAUCGGGAAGCUCGAACUGCGACUCAAGGUUCGAACAUUGCGUCCACCCCAACUGUUGGAGCUAGCGUAGAAGACACCUUGCCUCUGGGGCCAGCCUCUACAGACGAUAUCUUUGCGUGGCCUGUUGCUGGUGUCCGGUAUAGCCCAGAUCGAGCCUACGAAAGUUCUCCAAACGGAACUGUCAUUUGUGCACUCUGGGCUUUGGUCUGUCAGAUCGUGAGGGCCAAGUCUUCUAAAGGUCCCAGCAUCGUUUACAAUAGCUUCAUGUUCCUGCCUGGAAUCGUGGGGGGACAACGCUUCCCAAUCAAGGUGACAACAUUGAGGGAAGUCGUCCUGGGGACGUAUUUCGAUUUGUAUUUCGGGGUCCAAGUUCAUACAGGACUGUUACCAGACAAGAUGAGGAGCAUUCAGAACGCCAUGAACGAAAGCUAUGAAACAACGAAGCAUUUGACUGCUCAGGCAGUCAGGUGUGUACUUAGCCAGAAGGGUUUCAAGGUUCUCGAGAUCAGUUUCAACCCCCUACAUGGUAUCAUCUGGGCGCGAUACAAGCAUCCUGACUCGAAUGACCAGCACAUAGCCGGUUACUCUGAUGCAGCGUCGAUUGAAAAUGCUUAG